AUGAUGUGCUUUUCAGAUAAUACCAUCCAGUCGAUUUUCUGUUGCUGUUGUUGCUGUUCCGUGCAGAAACGAGAAGAGAGAACACAAAUAAGCCUGAGCAAAGAUGAAGAACUUUCAGAAAAAUAUCCUCAGCAUCGAAGAAAGUGGUUUCAUGAAUUGCAAAAGAAGAAGAAAUCUAACCGGGACCGUGCACAGCCCUCAAAGCGCAAGCCCCUGCCUCCACUCCCACCCUCCGAGGUUGGCGAAGAGAAAAUCCAGGUCAAGGCGCUGUAUGAUUUCGUGCCUAGAGAGCCCUGUGAUUUAGCCCUGAAGAGAGCCGAGGUAUACCUGAUAGUGGAGAAGUAUAACCCGCACUGGUGGAAGGCAAGAGACCACUGGGGGAACGAAGGCUUAAUCCCAAGCAACUACGUGACAGAAAACAAAAAAACCAAUUUAGAAAUAUAUGAGUGGUACCAUCGAAACAUUACCAGAAAUCAGGCUGAGCAUUUUUUGAGACAAGAGUCUAAAGAAGGAGCUUUUAUUGUCAGAGAUUCAAGACAUCUGGGAUCUUACACAAUUUCUGUGUAUAUAAGUGCAAGGGGAAAUGUGGAUGCUACCAUCAAACACUACCAGAUUAAAAAGAAUGACUCGGGGCAGUGGUAUGUGGCUGAAAGACACUUCUUUCCUUCUAUCCCUGAGUUGAUCUGGUACCAUCAACAUAACGCUGCUGGCCUCCUGACCCGUCUCCGCCACCCACUGGGACUGAUGGGCAGCUGUCUGCCAGCCACGGCUGGAUUUAGCUAUGAAAAGUGGGAGAUUGACCCCUCUGAGCUGUCUUUUGUAAGAGAGAUUGGAAGUGGUCAGUUUGGCGUGGUCCACUUAGGUCAAUGGAGGGCACAUGUCCAUGUGGCUAUCAAGGCCAUUAACGAAGGUUCCAUGUCUGAAGAGGAUUUCAUUGAGGAGGCUAAAGUGAUGAUGCGAUUAUCUCACCCGCGUCUGGUUCAGCUCUACGGAGUGUGUAUCCAGCGGAAGCCCCUGUAUAUUGUGACAGAGUUCAUGGAAAAGGGCUGCCUGCUGAACUACCUCCGGGAGAGGAAAGGAAGGCUUCGGAAGGAAGUGCUUCUGAGCAUGUGCCAGGACGUAUGCGAAGGAAUGGAGUAUCUGGAGAGAAACUGCUUCAUUCAUAGAGAUCUAGCGGCAAGGAAUUGUUUGGUCAGUUCCUCCAGUAUUGUAAAAAUUUCAGACUUCGGAAUGACAAGGUAUGUUUUGGAUGAUGAAUAUAUAAGUUCUUCUGGAGCCAAGUUUCCGAUCAAGUGGUCGCCUCCUGAAGUUUUCCAUUUCAAUAAGUACAGCAGCAAAUCUGAUGUGUGGUCAUUUGGAGUGUUGAUGUGGGAAGUUUUUACAGAAGGAAAAAUGCCUUUUGAAAAUAAGUCCAAUUUGCAAGUUGUUGAAGCCAUUUCUAAAGGUUUCAGGCUGUACCGACCUCACCUGGCACCAGUGUGCAUCUAUGAAGUCAUGUACAGCUGCUGGCAUGAGAAACCAAAAGGUCGCCCUAUGUUUGCUGAGCUGCUGCAGGUACUUACGGAGAUUGCAGAAACCUGGUGA